AAAAAGCCGAAAACUUUACGAAAAAUAUAUAUAAUAUGACAUUAAGUUUGGAUAGUACACUUAACAAGUACAUUUUGCAGUUUAUUCUAUAACAAGCUGUCUCAAUACUGCACAGAGUGCGAGUAAUAUUGAAGUCUUUUGUAUGAUAGAAGAUAACCAAGCAACCUAUCCCGGCGUUUGUUUCGCAAAUAUUGUGAGAUAUGAAUCUCCUCCCGAAAACGCACGAGGAAUUCAGUCACGCGGAAUACUGGAACACGUUCUUCAAAAAGCGUGGCAAGAAAGCGUUCGAAUGGUACGGCGAAUAUCCAGAGUUAUGUGAAAUACUCGUGAAAUACGUCAAAAUGAAGGACGAUAUUCUGAUCGUUGGUUGCGGAAAUUCUACAUUAAGCAUGUCCUUGUACGACGUUGGUUACAGGAAUAUCAUUAAUAUUGACAUAUCACACAUCGUCAUAAAGCAAAUGCGCGACAUAAAUAAUGGUACAAGACCGGAUCUGGUGUACGAACAUAUGGAUGCGACGCAAAUGGCGUAUCCUGACGAGAAAUUUAGUGUAGUUCUAGACAAGGGUACACUGGACGCUCUAAUGCCAGAUACCAAAGAGACCACGAUAUCUACAAUUGAUAGAUAUUUCAAGGAAGUCGCACGAGUGUUGCGGAAUGGUGGCAGGUACAUUUGCAUAUCGUUGCUACAGGAGCACAUUCUGCGUAAGCUUUUGUCAUACUUUCCCGCCUCGGGUUUCAUGUUCCGCAUAGCGCGAUGCCACGAGGCUGAGUCGAGAGCGCGUGUGGAGGAAGGCAGUUCAAUUCCGGUUUUUGUGAUCAUUGCCACAAAAUUUACCAAAUUAUCUCAAACCGUUCUCGAGAUAGCUCUGGUCGAUGGCCCACCUGAGCGAUUGUCCACAACGGACGACGUGGUGUCCGCAAUAUUGUCCGCACAACAAUCGGCGCUGGUGUGCAACAGCCUUUAUAAGAGAAGCGUCGCCGAUGUGGGAGAAGUAUCGUUGGACUUGCAUCGUCCAGGUGACAAGCAUCCGCGAUACACCGUUUAUGUUCUCGACCAACCACGCACGCGUGGAGCGAAGACUUACGCGGCUUUCAUUGUCCCGCAAGGAAAAGAAACGGAUUGGUUGUUCAGUACGAAAGAAGGACGACAGCAGGUUCUGAAGAGCGCGCAGCGAGAUAGACUCGCCAUUGUCACUUUACGUAGAGAACACAAAUAUGAAAGUUGGGAUGCCGUGAAAACCGAGUUAGAAGAUUGCGUUCGUAAUUUAGCACCGGCUGGUUUGUGCGGCAAGAAUGAUAUUCCUUUUCUGUCUUUGGGUUCUGAUGUUGGUGUGCGAAACGUUUGCUACGAAGGAAAGAGCGAUAUCAGUGGACCGUUUAUUAUCGAACAAGUGGAGAAGGAUGGCCACGAGUUUAGGCGACUUGUGUUCUUGAACAAUCCAUAUGUCAUUCAGAGUGAAGCCAGGCUGAAGGAAGCAAAAUCUAGACGUGGUAAAACGAAGAAGGUUGUCGAUCCCGGAUUUUUAGCUUGUGAACAUCACAUACAUAUGAGCGCUGGCGUGAAUGCCGCAAUCGAUACGAGAGAACAGGACGAAAUUAUGAUUAUAGGACUCGGAGGUGGUGGUCUGUGCAUGUUCUUACAUCAGUGUUUUCCCAAACUAAAAAUUACUGCAGUCGAAAUUGACAAUGCGAUGCUAAAAGUGGCUACCGAAUACUUCAAUCUCAUUCUUGAUGAGCGAAUGAAAGUGGAGAUUGCGGAUGGAAUUCAAUAUAUUAAAGACGUUGCAGCAUCCGAGACUAAGUACAAGGCGAUACUUUUCGAUAUCGAUAGCAAAGAUACUACUGUUGGAAUGAGUUGCCCGCCUAAACAGUUUCUCGAAAUGCCAGUGCUGAAAGCAGUUGCGACGUGCUUAACUAAGAACGGUUUGUUUAUUUUAAAUUUAGUCAGUAGAGAUAAAAAUUUGAAAGAGAAAGCCAAGGACGAUCUGAAAUCGGUAUUCCAAUCAAUCACUUGUCAUACCAUUCAGGAUGAAAUAAAUGAAAUCGUACUGUGUUCCAUCGAAAAACUCAAUCCAAAAGAGUGGAAAAACAGACUUAAACUCGCCGUUGUCGACUUGAACAAGCAAGCGACUGCGAGAAAAUUAUCCUCCUUCAAGGAAUCAUGUGAUGUCUCCACACUUUUGGAAAGUUUAUCUUUGGAAACGUAAUCGCUCUGUACAAAUUAUCAUGUCAAAUAAAAAAUGAAAAUAAAAUAUCUAGUGGUUUAACAUAUAUCUUUCAAAAUAUCUCCUAUCAAUUUAUCUAUGGAAAUAUUUUU